AUGAAGUUCACUCUGCUCCUUACAUGUCUGUCCAUCAGCGGCACAUUUGCAAUCCCUUUGAACAAGGAAGCCAAACCUGAAAAAGCCUCCCACAACCUCAAACUCCCUCAUCAAGCUGCAGACCAUGCUGCUGCUCCACCCGUCGACAACACUCUGGGUGGUGUACACCUCAACCACAAUCACCCUGGCAGCCCAAGCUUCCAGGAAGCCAAAUCUGAGGAACCCUUCCACCACCUCAAACUCCCUCGUCAACCAGUAGACAAUACUGCUUCUCCACCCGUCGACAAUAGUCUUGGUGGUGUACACCUCAACCACGAUCACCACGAUCACCUCGGCAGCCCAAGCUUCCAGGAAGCCAAACCUGAGGAACCCUUCCACCACCUCAAACUCCCUCGUCAACCAGUAGACAAUACUGCUUCUCCACCCGUCGACAGUACUCUCGGUGGUGUUCACCUCAACCAUAAUCACCUGGGCAGCCGCAGCCCAAGCUUCCAUAAGGCAGUCGGCACCUUUCUUCACAACCAUGAGGGCCAGCCCAACGUCACCGCUGAACUCAAACACAAAUUCUUCAAGGCCAUGGAUUCCUUUAUCUCCAAACAUGGCCACAAUCGCACCAACCUGGAGGAAAACAUUCGCAAUAUGAAGCUUCAUCACAACACAACAUCGUUUCUUUAUCACGGCGGGGCAAAUAUGUCCCAUCUAGCAGCCGUGAUGGCUGAGUGGGCACACCUUAACCCCAACAAUCAUGGGGAGGAUUCCAAACACGAUGCAGCCCAUGAUGCUUGA